UCAAGCUAAGAUAUUAACAGCUCAUUGGAUAAUUACUUGUAUUCUGAGCAAGAUGUCGUCCAUGUUCAAUAAGACAAAAGCUGUCAGUUGUCCCCAAAGCUGGGAUGAAUAUUUGGAAGCUGCCUCCAAACUUUGUCCUCAGAUUGACGGGGAGUAUAAUUAUAUCUGUGUUCCCAACCAAAACAAAACAGAACUUGUGCAGUUCUGUUUCGGAAGCGGCAGAUUUCCUGCAUGGCAGUUAGCCGAGCAUUGUCCAUACCUACACAAUACUGGUAACAUGAAUGCUGAGAAUUGCACAAGGUUCUUAUACGGAUGCCCGGAAAAACAUUACAUGACUAAAGAAAUUUAUAAAUAUCAAGCGUGUUUAGAUAUAAAUCCAGAAAGAGGAUGUUACGUUGCCGAUUCAAAUUGCAGCAAGUCGCUUACCUCAACAGUGACUCCAGCUAGUACAUCCCCAGCAGCAGGGAAUGAAGUCACUAUAGCCUUGUCCGUUGUAUUCGGUGUGAUAUUUUGUGUUCUUAUCUCAGUACUUAUAUCUUUCAUCUAUAUGAAGAAAAGAGGAAAAUACAGGAAGAAAAAACACAAAGACAAAAACUGUCAUCCAGACGAAGAAUAUAAAAGAACGGAAAACGAAAAUGUAAAACUCCUAGGAAAUUCAGCAGAAAAUGAAAGAGAAACGAAUAACGAACCAAAUAUGUCGUUACAUGAAGGAGGUUACAUUUCAGAAAAAACAAGCGCCAAAAUGAUGCAUUUUAAAGAUGAGAUAAAUACAAAAGCACGUGCUUUUUAUUCUGCCUGUAAGAAUGGAAAUACAGAUUUGUGCCGAUAUCUCCUCGAUCGCGAUCCACACAUUCUUAAUCAAGUAGAUGAUGAUGGAUGGAAUGCCGCAUCAUGUGCAGCACAAGGAGGAAAUGUUGAAAUUUUAGAACUCCUGGCACAAAAAGGCGUCGAUAUGACAUUUAAAAGUAAGAAAGGCAGUAAUAUUCUUCACAUUGCUUGUAUGAAAUCUAAACUAGAAAUGUGCCAACAUAUCAUCCAACAUUAUCCAGACAUGCUUAAUCAAGUAAAUGAUGAUGGAUGUAAUGUCGCAUUAUUUGCCGCACAAGGAGGAAAUGUUGGAAUUUUAGAACUUCUGGCACAAAAAGGCGUCGAUAUGACACUUAAAAGUAAGAAAGGCAGUAAUAUUCUUCACAUUGCCUCUAUGAAUUCUAAAUCAGAUAUGUGCCAACAUAUCAUCCAACAUUAUCCAGACAUGCUUAAUCAAGUAAAUGAUGAUGGAUGGAAUGUCGCAUUAUUUGCUGCACAAGGAGGAAAUGUUGAAAUUCUAGAACUACUGGAAGAAAAAGGCGUCGAUAUGACAUUCAAAGAUAAGAAUGGCAGUAAUAUUCUUCACAUUGCCUCUAUGAAUUCUAAUUCAGAUAUGUGCCAACAUAUCAUCCAACAUUAUCCAGACAUGCUUGAUCAGGUAGAUGAUAAUGGAUGUAAUGUCGCAUUAUACGCCGCACAAGGAGGAAAUGUUGGAAUUUUAGAACUUCUGGCACAAAAAGGCGUCGAUAUGACAUUCAAAGAUAAGGAAGGCUGUAAUAUUCUUCACAUUGCCUCUAUGAAUUCUAAAUCAGAUAUGUGCCAACAUAUCAUCCAACAUUAUCCAGACAUGCUUAAGCAGGUGGAUAAUGAUGGAUGGAAUGUCGCAUUAUAUGCAGCACAAGGAGGAAAUGUUGGAAUUUUAGAACUUAUUGCAGAGAAAGGUGUCCAACUGGCUUAG